AUGGUGUACAUUCGAAGUCAUGUUAAACUUGUUAUUUCACCAUUAUCUGGAAUAUUUAAUAUUUUAAAUACACUUCGAUAUAUAAUUGAUAAUCGAGAAAAUAUUGUUCAAAUAAAACCGUUAAGUAAAGAAUUAGCUACAACUGUAUUAAAAGUUUGUUUAGCUCAUCAACAUCGAACAAUAACAAAUACAUACUGGACAUUAGUACAUGAACGUCUUGCUAAAUCUAAUACUCUAUUAUAUGUUAAAUUAGUGUUUAAUGAAAUUGCAUUAUGGAAAUCUUAUAUAAAAAUGUAA